GAUAGAUAGAUAGAUAGAUAGAGAUAGCUAGAUAGACAAAUAGAAAGAGAUAGGUAGAUAGAUAGACAAGUAGAUAUGUAAACAGAUAGAUAGACAUUUAAUGUAAGUGUGUUUGCAUGGAAACUUUGCCCUAUGAUGCAUAAUAGACACGUCAAACAUAAAAUCCUAACCUCUAUUUUCCAUAGCUCUAAAAGAAAAAGAAAAAAAAAACGAAGCUAAAAUGACGGCGGCCACGCUCUGAGUCUCUCGAGCACUUGCGGCCGGAAAGCAAACUUGAUCUCCUCUCGCUCGCACUGCAUUAGUGAUCAAAGGCAAACUCAUAAAAGACGAACCGCCGAGGAAGUGCGCGUGCGGGAGCCAUGGAUGUCAUUUCGGAGACGUAUGGCGAGAUGCCGAGCCUGGACGACGAGGACUUCGCCGAGGACAAGCCUUCGAACUUCGAUCUCCUCACGCUCACCAACCUGGACAGCAACCUCACCAACCUCGCCAACAACUUCUCCUGGCUCCUCAACGCGUCCGAGAGCCUCAACAUCGACCUCAUCAAGAAGUUCCAGCGCAACAGGAGAGUGGACGAUGAGGCCUAUUACUCGCUCAUCGUGUGCUACAGCCUCCUUAUCAUCCUGGGCGCGACGGGGAACUCCCUGGUGGUGGUGGCCGUGAUCCGCAAGCCGGCUAUGCGGACCGCUCGCAAUGUCUUCAUCAUCAACCUGGCUAUCUCGGACCUCCUGCUGUGCCUCAUCACCAUGCCCCUGACGUUGGUCGAGCUCCUGUCGCAGUACUGGCCCCUCGGAGACCUCCCGUUCCUCUGCAAGCUGGUCGGGACGCUGCAGGCGACGUGCAUCUUCGUCUCGACGAUCUCCAUCACGGCCAUCGCGCUUGAUCGAUACCAGGUGAUCGUGUAUCCUACCAAGGACUCCCUGAAGACGGUGGGAGCCGUGUUGACGCUGCUUCUCAUCUGGAAAGUGUCCUUCAUCCUGGCGCUGCCCAACUUCAUCUGGAGGACCCUCAAGCAUCACGUGAUCAACCUGCCCGACCUCUACUCCGUCAACUUCUGCUUCGAGGACUGGCCCAUGGAGCACGGGCGCGGCUACUACAGCGUGUUCGUGAUCGUGGUGCAGUACUGCCUCCCGAUCGUCACCGUGAGCGUGUCGUACGCUAUGAUCUGCAGGAAGCUGCGGUUCCGCAUGGAGAACAGCUCGGUGAGGAACUCCAAGAAGACGGAGCGGGAGGAUAAGAGGAUGAAGAAGACCAACACGCUGCUCAUCUCCAUCGCGCUCAUCUUCUGUCUCUCGUGGCUGCCGCUCAACCUCUACAACCUCAUCGUGGACUUCUACAACCCCUUCGGCGACGACAUGGAGAAGCUGCUCAUCGUGUACGCCGUGUGCCACAUGAUGGGCAUGUCGUCCGCCUGCUCCAACCCGCUCAUGUACGGAUGGCUCAACGACAACUUCAGGAAGGAAUUCCUCGAGAUUUUCGGCCUCAUCUGCCCGCGAUGCUGCAAACAGAAGCCGCAGGGGCAGCGGCAGCCCACGCCCUCCGCAGCAGGGAAGGUGGGCGCGAAGGCACAGGCGCCCUUGCCCUCCCCCAGGGGCGGUGACGAGCGCCCGAUGGUCCUCUACACGAAGGCCAGCCAGGUGGAGGAAGCCAACGGGAACUGCGCGCCCAAGGAGGACGUCACGUACAUCACGCAGGUCGUUACCAACGCCACGUUAUAAAGGAGGAGAAGGAUCGGAGAGGAACACCGGAAGCCCUAUGUGACGUCACGCAGGUCGAUACUCGGAGUGGCCGAGGCGAAGGACUCCCCCCAGGUGUACGCUGCCUCCUGGGACGACCAUUCACCUUCUGAGGAGAAAAGCCGUGGGAAUUACUCUCCAGGUGGACUCGAGACACAGCCGAGAAAUUCCACUCUUUGGUUUUCAGCCUUCGUUCUUGCCGAGACCCACGUGGAAUGGACGAGGCUGCUGGGUGUGUUUGUCUCAUUAUAAGCGCCAAUGGAUUAGGCCAUAUUGAAAAUCGAAGGUUACAUUGCGCCUUUAGCUCAAAACUAGAACUUUAUCUCUGUGUGCUGUAGAUAAUGCCAGAAGAGCCACGUUUCGAAGGCAGUGUAGCAGCAGUCCACAUAGACCUUUAGACAGUUCUCAUUAGACUUAAUGGGGAAGAAACAGUGACUCUUGGUUCCCAUAAGUAAAAUGUGUGAAGGAAGGAUACAAGUGAUUUUAUUACGUUUGACAGACUGUAUUUAUUUAGGUCGAAAGGAGAUGGUAAUGAAAAACGAGCGAAAAAAACUUAGAUUAAGUAUCUGUUGUGCAGCAUCUGUCAUAUUUGCAACAAGCAAAUUGUAUAAAAGGCGUACAUUUGCAAUACCUUGUGUAAUAUAAGAAUAAACAUUAAAACAAUCAAAGAAAAAGAGACAGUCGAAUAUAUAUGAAAGAAAUCUGCAAGAAUUUAAGAUAUCUAGCGUCUCCGAAAAAAAAAAUCAUAUAUCUUUUUUCUUCCAAUAAGACUGACCUCCCCCGUCCCUCAAAACGCCUGCUGUCACAGUGCUCGGCCAACUGCGUUAGGCCGGAAAUUCCCUGGCCAUGUUUCUUGAAAAUAUGUAAAUAUGGAAGGUCCAACAAUCUCGUGGUGUGAAAAAGGCAGGAAAAAAUCACAGUCUCCUUUUACUGAGUUUGCGAAUGGUUAU